GAAUCAAAAUUCUUAUUACGUUGAAAAAGUAAAACUCACAACCUUCCUCUGCAUUCAUUGUAAAGAAAGCAAUACAUAUAUAUACCUACACGUUAGGUGUAAGCAAUAUUGACAGUUUAUGCAAUGAAUGACUGUGAUCCUCUGAAUCUCAUAUACUGAAGAAUCUACAAAGCAGUUGGGUUCAUUGCAAUGAGUGGUAGCGAAGGGAGCUCUGGGCAUUCGGCCGGCGCCGGAGAUUCGUCGGCGUCGGCGGACAAGAAGAAGGAGAAGGCUAGGGUGAGCAGGACGUCUCUGAUACUGUGGCAUUCUCAUCAAAACGACGCCGCCGCAGUGCAGAAGCUGUUGGAGGAGGACCGCUCUCUGGUCCACGCUAGGGAUUACGAUAGUCGGACUCCGCUUCAUGUGGCUUCGCUGCACGGUUGGAACGAGGUCGCGCAGUGCUUGAUCGAGUUCGGAGCCGAUGUCAACGCCCUAGAUCGGUGGAAGAACACGCCUUUAGCUGAUGCAGAAGGAGCUAAAAAGUAUAGUGUUAUCGAGUUGUUGAAGUCUUAUGGCGGCCUUUCUUAUGGCCAAAGUGGAAGUCAUUAUGAACCAAAGCCUGUUCUGCCCCCUGUACCAAACAAGUGUGACUGGGAGAUUGAUCCUUCCGAGCUGGAUUUUUCAAACCAAAGUACUAUUGGAAAGGGGUCUUUUGGUGAGAUUUUAAGAGCAUGUUGGCGUGGAACACCUGUAGCUGUCAAACGGAUUCUUCCAACUCUUUCAAAUGAUAAAUUGGUGAUUCAGGACUUCAGGCAUGAGGUGAAUUUGCUGGUGAAGCUCCGCCACCCUAAUAUUGUCCAAUUCCUUGGAGCUGUCACUGAGAGGAAUCCCUUAAUGUUAAUCACGGAGUAUUUACGGGGGGGUGAUCUUCAUAAGCAUCUCAAGGAAAAGGGUGCACUUAAUCCGUCGACGGCUAUCAACUUUGCAUUAGACAUUGCCAGAGGCAUGACAUAUCUUCACAACGAGCCAAAUGUCAUAAUUCACCGAGACCUAAAGCCAAGGAAUGUUCUUCUUGUCAACUCCAGCGCAGACCACUUAAAAGUUGGAGACUUUGGACUAAGCAAGCUCAUCAAGGUUCAAAAUUCUCAUGAUGUGUACAAAAUGACUGGCGAGACUGGAAGUUAUCGCUAUAUGGCUCCUGAGGUUUUCAAGCACCGGAAAUAUGAUAAGAAGGUCGACGUUUUCUCUUUUGCAAUGAUACUGUAUGAGAUGCUUGAAGGUGAUCCACCAUUGUCGAACUAUGAACCUUAUGAAGCGGCCAAAUAUGUAGCAGAAGGACACAGGCCAUCCUUUCGGGCAAAAGGUUACAUUCCUGAAUUGAGGGAAUUAACAGAGCAGUGCUGGGACGCGGACAUGAACAAAAGACCUUCUUUCUUGGAGAUUCUUAGGAAGCUUGAAAAGAUCAAGGAAAUUUUGCCAUCAGAUCACUCUUGGAACAUCUUUACUGCAUGACAAAUCGAACACGAACACAACCAGAUUGGGAUGGUAUAUUUUUUCGUUCUGUUUCCCCCUGUACCCCUUACCUGAUUGUGCAGAUGGGAUCAUGAGUAGACUCAACUGGGCGAGUUUUACUAGAGUUACUCCUAUAACUGGUAUUUCACUUCCACAUUCUGAUUCUUAAACCGAACUUGAGAGGUGAUGUUCACUUGUUCUCCUGUUUCUGCACUCCAAUUCUCACGGAGUCUCUUCCAAUUCAACAAUUUAAACCAUUCAUCCUUUGACCAAGUUUCGUCUCUCCUUUCUCCAUCAUUUAAAUUUUUGGUGGUUCCAAGUUAAAACUAAUAAACCUGUAAAUGCAAUGUUCUCCUCUAUUGAACUCAUUCGCCACGUGAACAGUGAUACUAUCUUAUCUGCUUAAGUCUUAACCAGUUAGACAGCGUUUUGGCUCGUAUUAUCUUUUAUGUAAAUACCAAGUGUUGAGCUUGCAGUAUGUUAACCGUUCAGGAAUUCCAGAUUUCUAUGGCAUGUUGUGCUGUUUUCUAAUUGUUACAAGUUUUACUGCA